CGUGUCUCUGGUUAGUUCACGUUAAUGGACGAAAUGAGUGAGUGAUAUGACCUCGAGUCAUGAAGGCGUAUUUAGCGUUUCUUUUUUUGUUUGUUUAAUUUAGGAAUGAGUUGGAGGAUUUUAUGAAAAGACAGAGCCAUGUAUUAUUCAAGUAAAAGAAGGGGUGAAGAUGGAAUCAGUGCCAUCAUCGACUUCCUGCUGUCCAACGCCCGACUGGUGCUUGGAGUGGGUGGAGUCGCUGUCCUGGGCAUCGCAACGUUAGCGGUGAAAAAGCUGAUAGAACGCGCUGGCCGGCCUCCGGAUGAAGAGAAUCCUGAUAAAAAGAUGACAGACAGCUGGGAAGAGCUUAGCCUGGUCAGUACCUCCCCCAAAGUGCUUCAAAAGGGCAUUGAGGGUGUGGUUACUGCGGCCACCAAAAAAGCGGACUUGUCUCAGCCUGCACCUCAAAGCCAAUCCCAGACUCAGGGGAAUGGAUCCGAUUCGGCUCAACCGCGCAGACGGCUAGACCUCUGCAUGCUAACGUUCUCAGAAAGACUGGAGCAGUAUUACCGGACACGUGUGUGCCUGUCCACGAGCGAAGUAUCCCGAGCUCAGCAGAGAGCGCUGGACAUUGCUACAGAGAUUCAGGCCUUCCUGCACACCAAACACCCCGACAUGCCCCUAGGAGAGAUGACCUUAGCGGGGUCGCUACUCGACGACCUCCAGGUGGUCAAGGCUGAUCACGCCUGCCUGCUUGUACCACUACAGCUGGAGCCGAGCCUGUGGACCCCGAUCGCCGGAGAGGACACGUUUCUCGGCCAUCCUCAGUACUGCAUGUUGCGUCGAAGAAACCUUGAAUUUUUCCCACGUGGGCGGAGCUACUGGGACAGGCACCUCCUAGGCGGGUACCUGUCGUCUCAGCUCGUUGCCGAGCAACUGCGCAAAUCGAUAAUGGAGUUCAUGAACUGGCCAUCGCUGAGCGGAACCCUGGAGUGUGAGGUGCGCCCGGUGCUCGGGUCUCCCGCCCUAAAGCUGGAGAUCCGAGCUCCGAGUGAAAGUAGAAAUUUCGACGAAGAACAGCUGUUUAUUAGCAUUCUGCCGACCGUGCGCUUAGGCGACGUGUCACUAACAGCGCAGCCAGAAAUCACCGGAUCGUUCGACUACGUGUGGUACCAGAGCCUGUACACGAGUGAAACGGCUCGAUUGGCCAAUCUCGACCAAUCAGACGAGGAGUCAGGCGUUAGGAGAAAGUGCUUCAAAACGCUGAAGGCUGUGUGUCGGAACUGCCCCGCCCUCCACAAGCUGACCGGCGCACAGCUCGGUAACGUCAUCCUGCACAUGAGCGAGAAGGAGGUUGAUUGGUCAGAGUCGGCGUUCGCUGAUCGCUUCCAGCAGGCCAUCACGGAGCUGAUUGGCUACCUGGAGACAGGUUUCCUUCCCAGUUACUUUAAACCUGCUGUGAACCUGCUGCAAGGCUUCACCGAGGACGACAUUGAUGAGAUGGGCUUCAUGCUAUACUGUGCCGUGAGCGAACCCGAGAUACUGCUCAUAUAACAAGGCGUGGUUCUAAUACACACAUGCGUUUUAUUUAUAUAUAUACACGAGAGACACGCACUACUUUCUUCUAGAUCAAAGGUGCAGUUUGUAAUUUUUUUUUUUUUCGCAUCGGCUUUACGUAAAAGACCACCUCAUUAAAUAAUUCUUUGGUAACGAGUUGACCUUGGUGGUGACGUGGUUGGUUUGGCGCCACUGUGACCAAAGACGGCCGACAGCAGUGUUCGUUUCAUCUGAAAUCGUCCAGUAGGAGGAUGGCGUAGGAUGAAACAAGCUCAUGGGACAGCUACAAAAACGAAACUUGGGAAUUGUUGAACUCGGGCAGUAGAAAGAACGUCUCAUCACGGGCAAAAGCAGCGAAUGAAUUCCAGCUUCUUAUCAAUAUUUUCCUAAAGAGCACUAAAGACCUGGCGCUCAAGUUGUCAUCUUUUCUCCAGACACCAAAACGGUUUCGUUCAGCAGUUAGUGAGGCGGCGGCUUCUUCAGGCAUGAUGGUGCUGAUUGAUCAUAGCGCCUCUCUCUCUCUAUCGUUUGAGGAACUUCAUCCUCCGUUGUCUGUCUGAUCUGAUGUGGAGAACAAAUUCCAAACUGCACCUUUAAAGCAGGAUGUCUGUGUGUAGUCGCUCAAGCAGAACCUUCUACGUGUCUCAGACGUUUUCAGUGCGUUCAGCUGUCGACUGAUCCAACACGAGACACUUAUUCAGUGUGUGAGCGAGCGACUGAUGCAGGGUUUAAUAAAGCUGCACGAAUAAACUGGGCUGCAGGGAGGUUAAAGGAACAGUCCACUGUACUUCCAUAAUGAAAUA